AUGCCCUCCGCCGACAAGAAGCCCAAGACCUUGUAUGACAAGGUUGUCGACCAACACAUUGUCAACGAGCAGGAAGAUGGCACCCUUCUGCUGUAUAUCGACAGACAUCUCGUCCACGAGGUGACUUCACCACAAGCCUUCGAGGGCCUCAAGAAUGCCAGCCGCAAAGUCCGCAGGCCGGACUGCACUCUUGUCACCGUCGAUCACAACAUCCCUACCUCCUCCCGCAAAAACUUCAAGAAUGUCGACGAGUUUAUCGAAGAAAACGACUCCCGUCUCCAGUGCUCCACCCUCGAAGAAAACGUAAAAGACUUCGGCCUCACAUACUUUGGCAUGGGCGACAAGCGCCAGGGAAUUGUCCACAUCAUUGGUCCCGAGCAGGGAUUCACCCUCCCCGGUACUACCGUUGUCUGCGGUGACAGUCACACUUCCACCCACGGUGCCUUCGGCGCCCUCGCUUUCGGUAUCGGUACCAGUGAGGUCGAGCACGUCCUGGCCACCCAGACCCUGAUCAGCCGUCGGAGUAAGAACAUGCGCAUUCAGGUCGACGGCGAGCUGCCCGCCGGUGUCACCAGUAAGGAUGUUGUCCUCCACAUUAUUGGUAUCAUCGGUACCGCUGGUGGUACUGGUGCCGUUAUUGAGUUCUGCGGUUCCGUCAUCCGUGGACUGAGUAUGGAGGCUCGUAUGUCCAUGUGCAACAUGUCCAUCGAGGCCGGUGCGCGUGCUGGCAUGAUCGCACCCGACGAGACCACCUUCGAGUACCUCAAGGGCCGUCCUCUUGCCCCCCGCUACGGGAGUGCACAGUGGAACAAGGCUGUCGAGUUCUGGAAGAGCCUCGCGUCUGAUGAGGGUGCCGUUUACGACUCGACCGUUGUCUUGGACGGCAAGGAUAUCAUCCCUACUAUCUCGUGGGGUACCUCGCCCCAGGAUGUCGCCCCUAUCAAUGGUGUCGUUCCCGGCCCCGAUGAUUUCGAGGACGAGAGCCGCAAAUUGGCUUGCAAGCGUGCCCUUGAAUACAUGGGUCUCACUGCCGGUACUCCUCUGAAGGACGUUGUGGUCGACAAGGUUUUCAUCGGUUCCUGCACCAACGCCCGUAUUGAGGACUUGCGCGCCGCCGCCAAGGUCGUUAACGGCAAGAAGAUCGCAUCCAACAUCAAGCGUGCAAUGAUCGUCCCUGGUUCCGGUUUGGUCAAGGAGCAGGCUGAGGCUGAAGGUCUGGACAAGAUCUUCGUCGAUGCUGGUUUCGAAUGGCGUGAGGCCGGAUGCUCCAUGUGUCUGGGUAUGAACCCUGACAUUCUCUCGCCCCGCGAGCGCUGUGCCAGUACCUCCAACCGUAACUUUGAGGGUCGCCAGGGUGCCGCUGGCCGUACUCACUUGAUGUCGCCCGCCAUGGCCGCCACUGCUGCUCUUGUUGGCAAGCUCGCCGAUGUCCGUGAGCACGUCGUCACCAGCCCUGUCCUGGCCAAGGUGCAGCCCAAGGUCGAUAUCCAGCCGGAAGCCGAGGAGCCCGAGACUGAGGACGAGCUUGAUCGUGUCCUGGACCAGCCCGCCGACAACGAGCCCCACACCAACACCUCCGCUGGUGGAUCUAGCGCUGGUCUUGCCAAGUUCACCACCCUCAAGGGUAUCGCUGCCCCCAUGGACCGCUCCAACGUGGACACCGACGCCAUUAUCCCCAAGCAGUUCCUGAAGACCAUCAAGCGUACCGGUCUCGGCAGCGCCCUGUUCUACGAACUCCGUUACAAGGACGGCGUCGAGAUCCCCGAGUUCAUUCUGAACCAGGGCAUCUACCGUAACUCCAAGGUUCUGGUCGUCACUGGCCCUAACUUCGGAUGUGGUAGCUCUCGUGAGCACGCCCCCUGGGCUCUCCUCGACUUUGGUAUCAAGUGUAUCAUUGCUCCCUCCUUUGCCGAUAUCUUCUUCAACAACACCUUCAAGAACGGUAUGCUUCCCGUCGUGAUCUCCGACGAGGCUGCUCUGCAGAAGAUCGCCGCGGAGGCCAGCGCCGGCCGCGAAAUCGAAGUCGACCUCAUCAACCAGGAGGUCAAGGACGCCGAGGGCAACAAGCUUGCUGGCUUCGAGGUCGACGGUUUCCGCCGCCACUGCCUGAUCAACGGUCUGGAUGACAUUGGUCUGACUCUCCAGAUGGAGAACAAGAUCCGCACCUUCGAGACCAAGCGUACCCUCGAGACCCCCUGGUUGGACGGCAGCGGUUUCUUGAAGCGUGGUAAGAACGGUGGCGCCACCAUGGUCGAGGCCGCGCCCCUCCCCAAGACCAACCGCGGAGACGUCAAGAACGAGCCUCUGGAGUGGUAA